AUCAUCCCUCAUCUCAAGACUCAACCCUCAACCCCUCACUCAAGUAAAACAUCAUGGCCGACAGUUUGUGUUGUGUAUACGGUUCGUUCGUCUUGUUUAAUUUUCUUUGUCAAUGACAGUGUAGCUUUAAUCGUGUAAUUGUGUUCAAUUAAUUUAGUGUGUGGCCUGCAAGUGAGUAUUUAUGUUAGGAAGCUAAACUGCAGAUCUAAUUUAUGAGAGCAUUUUAGAAAGAUGUGCCCAUCAGCGGCGCUAUCCCUUAGCGUCAUGCCGUUCUGUUUUCGGAAAUGUGAUGGGUUAGGUGGUUGGCAGCAAUGGCUCAGGUGUGAUGCAGCAGUCUGAUUGUGGCCGCUACGUGAACUCAGUGUCUGAUUUGUACGGCGCCGACGAAAUAUCCGUCCUACUGGAGGAGAUACGGGACCUGGAGCCGGCCAGCUGCCGGCCCGAAGACCUGCAGGACUUUGAGAUCGCCGGCAGCCAGUCUGGCGGGGCCCAGGGGGGUCUGGGUGCCGGCAGUGAGACACCCGGUGACCUUGGCACUGUUCACUCGUGGGACUCGCACGCCAACUACAAGCACCACUUGCCCGGCUCGUCGCCCACGCACUCCAUCUUCUCCGGUGUUAUUCUCUACUGCGACGAAACCCACUUGAAAUCGUCCACUGGUGUUAUUAGACUCCUGCUUGUUAUCUCAUCAGUAGCAUGCCUGGCUUGUUUAUGUACGUCGGGCACAGUGAAGGUGGGUCUGUUCAUGCUGCCCCUGUUGGGCCGACUGCGGCUCAUGAUGUUCGUCACAAUCUUCAGCCUACUAGUCACCUGUCUAUUCCUCUUCCUCGAUAUAUCACAUGUCAUCUACCUGUUUCCGUUCAAUUGGGGAAAACUGAAUGCGUUCUUCUACGUAAGCAUGAGUGUCCUCUACCUCAUAAGUUCUUCACUUAUGUUGCAUCUGUUGCAUGCCUAUGCAGAAACAUAUUCGUGGGUACCUAAAUGGACCCGUGAUCAACUUUUAAUAACAGGGAUUCUGGGCUACAUCUGCGCGGUGGAGGCGCUGGUUUUGUCGCUGCUGACGCGCUGCGAUGGCGGCCAGUACAGUCCGGUCGAGGACGACCCCAGCACCAUGACGCUGCAGGAGCGACGCGAGCUGCACACCGCCGGAACCACCCCUCCCAACUGGCACGACCAGGACCUGCAGCUGCAGCAGCCCUGCUCCUCCAAGCAUCACUCCGACCCCUACAGACUCGCGUGAUACCGGUUGCCGCUCUUUUCUAGCGCUAGUUGUCAAUCGGUCGCUUAGAACAUACCUCGACCUCCUCCUCCCCACUCCACACCACUCUGAGAACGCUCUUCUGUCGACUCGUUCAAUCAUGAUAUCGAAUGAUAGAUUAUCAACUUAGUAUAUUCAAUCAUGAUAUCCUACCAUCAAAUCA